UAGAAGAUACAUGUGGACAUGCGAGGUCAUCCAGGACUAGGAUACCGUUAUCAAAUUGUGCAGUCGCAGUGGCCGGGUUGUUAUUUCCUUAUCAGGAAACCAAUAGAGAGCCAUCUUUUUCCAAAUAGUCGUCAUUCGUCUUUAAAUGUCGUUUGACAUAAGAUUCUGGAUGAAACACCGAUAUCGGACUUGAAACUACAACACUUAUGGUAUGUUGUGUGGGGAAAUAAUUAGAUCACCAAAUCGAAGUCCAUACGCUACACUUCUUUCGUCUCUUUAUCCUAUAAUGACUGCUGCUGUUAUCGAAGAAGACAAUUUGCUUGAAAAUGGACGCUCGAGUUAUGAAAAUCCUAACUAUCAUUUGUCUGGAACACGCAAUUUAGCACUUGAUGAUGCAUUAAAUUCAAACUUGACAUCUUCUACAGACUCAUCUGCUGGAUUUAACAUAAAUGGAGAAUGUGUAUUAUACUCAGAUCUAUUAUGUCGCGAUUUUGAAAGCGUAUGCAAUAUUAAUGAGGAUAAUAUAAACAGAAGACGAUACAAAUCUCUUGACCUAGGAUCGAUGGGAGUUGAUAUUAUGACAACUGGUGGAACAUAUUGGAAUAAGACAAUGAACAUUACGAAUAAUUCCCCUUCUAAUAAUAAGCAAGACUAUACUAACAUAAAUAACCAGAAUCACCAAAGACAAAAACCUUAUGUUAAACCAGAUUUAAUAGAAGAAUCUGAACUAAUUAAGCAUAAGGGAGGGAACAUUAAUGAAAAGCGAUCACCGCCAAAUACAUUACAGUUAAAUAAAAAGGAUUCAUCAUGUAUAAAUAAUGAUAUACAGCAUGUUCAAGGGGAUUUAAACAAUGAUUUAUAUGCAGUUCCAAUGAAAACAAAGUCUUCAGAUCAUUUGAAGGAACAGUUACCAGCUGGAUGGGAAAAACAUGAAGAUGAUGAUGGGCCUUAUUAUUGGCAUAUCAAAAGUGGAACCAUUCAAAGAGAAAUACCCGAAUACAGUGGAAAAAAUGAACCAAAAACUCCAUUAGUGAAAGAUGCAGAAUAUGUGUUAAACAGUUUUCAAAGUAGUGGAGGAUUAGUGAGUUCUGUGACAAGAAGUACAACAAGUUCAGCUCUUGAAAACUUAUGCUACCAGAAAAACAAAAAAGAGGAAAUGGCCUACAAGAGGAGAAGUUAUCCAGCUCGCAUUGAAAAUGAAAACAAAGGAAUACGAUUUGCAGUACGCUCUCUAGGAUGGGUUGAAAUAUGUGAAGAGGAUUUGACACCAGAAAGAAGUAGCAAAGCGGUUAAUAAAUGCAUUGUUGAUUUGUCACUUGGAAGAAACGAUUUUAUUGAUAAUGUUGGUCGUUGGGGUGAUGGGAAAGAUUUAUUUAUGGAUUUAGAUGAAGGUGCAUUGAAAUUAAUUGAUCCUGAAAAUCUAACUGUGUUGAAUACUCAACCUAUACACACAAUCAGAGUUUGGGGAGUUGGGAGAGACAAUGGCAGAGAAAGAGAUUUUGCAUAUGUGGCUCGAGAUAGAAUUACUAGACAGCAUAUGUGUCAUGUAUUUAGAUGUGAUAUGCCUGCUCGUACUAUUGCAAACACAUUAAGAGACAUUUGUAAAAAAAUUAUGAUUGAGCGAAGUUUGCAGCAAAAUCUAUCAAGACCAACAGAUUUAAGUUGUGUUACCAAAAUGAAUCAACCCAUAAGACCAACAAAUCUUCCUUUAGAAUAUCGCAAGCGUAGAAGUUAUAGAGGAAGUUAUACAUCAGCUAACACUAUAAUUCAACCAUUCCCCACGCCAAUGGAAGAGCCUCGUAAAGUAAUACAUGCAACAUAUUUGGGUUCAACUGAAGUUUCUAGACCAUCUGGAAUGGAUAUUUUAAAUGAAGCUAUACAAACACUGAAAAGCUCAGAAUUUACAUUACCUCAAUCAGUAACAGUAGCGGUUGCCCCUUCAAUGAUUACUAUUCAACAAGAAAAUGAUGAAGAAGACCAAGUAGUCGAAUGCCGUGUUAGAUACUUAUCAUUUUUGGGAAUAGGAAAAGAUGUUAAACAGUGUGCUUUCAUAAUGCAUACAACACAAGAUUUAUUUAUUGCCCAUGUAUUUGAGUGUGAUCAAUCUGCUGCAACAUUAUGUAAAACUAUAGAAGCAGCUUGUAAAUUACGAUACCAAAAGUGUUUGGAUGCGCAUCCACAAGGGAUGAAUCCAAAUUUAUCUUUAAGUCAUAAUAUAAAUAACCAAAAUUUAAACAAUAUAUCAAGAAAAGGUAUUAGUUCAACUUUAAAGUCAUUAGUUGGUACAAUAACUGGACGUAAAAUGAAAUUGACUCAAUCCGAGGAAUUAUUAAAUUCUGAAGUACGUGAAGUAAUACCACAUAGACAUUUGCAGUCACCUCAUACAAUUAAAUACUAUGCUCUUUCAACAAGCAUCAAUUGGAUAAGUGUUGUGGGGUUAGAAAUACAUGCACAAUUACAAAGUAAAUCUAAACUAUUUAGUGCAGCUGGAAAUCAAUUUAAUUCUUCAGCUAAUACUCAGGUAGCAUUAUUUGAUGCUGCAAUUCCUGGAACACUUCCAGUUUUAAAUAAAAGAUGUGUUGAAGCAGCUGUUCUUACUGCAAUGGCUUUAAAUUGUAAUUUGAAUACAAUAUCAUUAUUUGAUCGCAAACAUUAUUAUUAUGCAGAUAUGCCGGCAGGAUAUCAAAUUACUCAGCAAAAUAAACCAUUAGCUGUAAAUGGUGAACUUUCAUUUUAUGUUGCUGAUGAAAAUAUUAAUAAAGAAAUUUAUAGUAAAACUUCAAUUAUUAAACAAAUUCAAUUAGAACAAGAUAGUGGGAGAAUAAUAAAUGAUACAUACUCUCAAACAUCACUAGUUGAUUUGAACCGAGCAGGAAUAGGUUUAAUAGAAUUAGUAUUUGAACCUGAUCUUUGUAAUGGUUUAGAGGCAUCUUCUCUUGUAAAAGAACUGCUACUUAUUUUUGAAUGUAUAAAAACGUGUUCUUGUAAAAUGGAAGAGGGUGCAUUACGAGUGGAUGCCAAUGUUUCUAUCAAAAAUGGUGAGCAAAUGGGUAUAAGAACUGAAAUUAAAAAUUUGGGAAGUGUUCGAGCUGUACAUUUAGCUGUUGAUUAUGAAAUUCGACGUCAAAUAAACUUGAUAAAAGCAGGGAAAGAAAUAAUCAAUGAAACCAGAGGAUGGGAUUCUGUUUCUAACAAAACAAUAUCUAUGAGAGAUAAAGAGGUUUUACAAGAUUAUAGAUUUAUGCCAGAACCAAAUUUAUUGCCUUUAAAUUUAAAUGUGAUUGAUUUAAAUAAAUUGAAAUCAUCUAUUCCUGAGUUACCUAAAGUUACACGCAUAAGAUUAAUGGAAAAACAUGGCCUUAAUUUACGAAAAGCAUACAUUUUAAUGAAUCAACCAGUUUUAUUAUCAUUAUUUUUUGAAAUCAUGAAUGAAAAUCCUUCUAGAAAUUCGUCAAGAGUAUGGAAUAUACUGACAAUUGAAUUUUUAGCUGAACUAAAUAAAGUAAAUCUUGCACCCAGUCAAUGUAAAUUGUCAUUCAGUUCUAUUGGAGAAGUAAUAGAUUUACUAGAAAAUGAAACUCUGAAUCUAGAUUAUGCUCGAAAAGUAAUUGAAAAAUUAAUUAUGAAUACAAAUUUAUCCCCAUUGAAGAUCGUGAUGGAAAAUAACUGGAGACAAAUCACAAAUGAAAAUGAAAUAAUUGAACUUUGUAAAGAAGCUAUGCUUGAUUUACCAAAAGCAGUUAAAGAUUAUAGAAAAGGGAAAAUCCAAGCUAUCAAAGCUUUAAUAGGAUCAAUAGCCAAAAAAACGAAUAAACGUGCUAAUUUAGCUCUUGUUUCUAAAAAAUUAGAAGAAUUUUUAAAUAAUAAUAAAUAAUUUUUUACUUUA